GCAAGAAUAAACGUAGAAGAAUUAGUUGUAGUGUCCGACAAUUAUAGUGGGCACUAAAAAAUGGCAGCAUACACAUUACCGGAGGGUUUCUCCGAUUUUGACAUGUUUGCAUUCGGUUCAGCGCUUCUUGUUGGGGGUAAGUGAAAUAUUUUAUGCCAAACAUGUUGAAACGAAAGAUGUAUUUGCAUUAGGGAAACGUCUGCCAGAGGAUGGAGCAGUGUGGGCUUUUAAAGUGUUCUUAAAUGGAUAGGCCUAAUGAUGUUAAAGUCGGACAAAAAAAAAAAAAGAUUUGGCCCGAGAAAUACUUUGAAGAUUCUUCAAGUAAUGACAGCAACUUGGCAACUUCAAAUCAUUCAUAGUUGUCAAUGGGAGAUGUGAAUUAUAUAAAGAUUUGGAAGAUUAUGUUUUGUAAGGUUGAAAUGUGAAAGUGAAAUAAAAGUAUGUGCGCUUAAAAUUCAACAAUUUCCGAUAUAGGCGUAAAACGUAUAGGCUAUGUAACUUAACUGAAACGCUAAACCUCCAUUUAGUCUGUUUAUGGCAUGGAAUCUAUCACAUGUUGUUUCCCAUUAUGAUUUCUUUUUUUCAUGUGUGUGUUUUAGGUCUUCUUGGAUUCUUCCUCAACGCCAUUUCAAUAUUGGCCUAUAUUAGCGUAAAGCAAAUGCGAACUCCCAGUAAUUUUCUUGUGCUUAACCUUGCUGUGGCUGACAUUAUGCUCAAUAUAACCGGCCUGAUCGCUGCAUACGCCAGCUUAACUUAUAGGUAUGAAUUCUUAUCCUCUGACACUGCAUUAAUGCCUGUAGAGGUUGCCUAAUUUAUGUGUACAAUAGUUGUUACAAAACAUGCGCUUAUGCAUUGAUCUAAAAGUGGUUUACAGACAGGAUGUCAGCGCAAAUCAUUCUAAAGAGGCAUUCUAGGGAGGCACAUGUUUCAUAUAUAUCUGAAUAGCUAUAAUGGAUAUAUAUAUAUAUAUAUAUAUAUAUAUAUAUAUAUAUAUAUAUAUAUAUCAUGGACAUAAUAUAUUACACAUAAAGGUGAUUCCUCACGAAACUAGGAAAGAAAUGACACAUUUUUCAGGUAACGGUAAAAUGACUCAUUAUUUUUGGAUUUUCAUGAAAUAUAAUCCAUAUAAGGGUCCUUUGGAGGAAGGGUAUUUGACAUUUGUAUCUUAAAGCAUAAUUGAGAAAUAAUUGAUUGAAGUUUGACUUUUUUUUAACAUUUUGGCCUUACCCAGGCCUCCUUUAAGACACCAAAAAAUUGGUUUCAUAUGAAGCUUUACCGCUUGCUCUGUAAUAUUAGUAUUUUGAUUUCAAUAAAAAAUGUUCUAACAUAUUUUAUAAUUAUAGAAAAAUAUAAACAUGAAUAUAGAAAAUAUAAAAAUGUUGUUUUGGCAAAUUGUUCAGCAUAUUAUUGAACACCAUAUAUUCUACGGGCAUAUAACAAUUCGAGAGGGAUCUCUGCUAGUUUUAAAGUUAUGACCCAUUUUAAACAGAGAUAUAAUGGUAGAGUAGGCAAUGUGACCAAUCACAGCCCUCCUUUUAUUUGGAUAAUUUCACAUCCUGCAAAUCACCAGUAGAGGGCGACCAUUUUGAAUCCAUUUUCACAUUCACUCUGUUGGUAACGCUUAAGAAUUGGAUCCUAACUCUAAAAGUAUCAGGGUUUCCACUCUGGGACAUUGAUAUGCCUGUAGAGUAUAUUAUGCAAAAAAAAAUAUUUAAAAAAUUGGGCAAAGAUUGUUGUAUAUUUUCAAUAUUCAUGUUUUGAUUUUUCAAUAUUGAUUUAAAUUAAUGUAAAUACUACUCAUAUGACAGAAUGAGCGGGAAAGCUUCAUAUGACACCAAUUUUUGCUUUACAGCAUCUACAGAUGAAACAAUAUUGAGUCUUAAAAGGAGGCCUGGGUAAAGCCCAGAUUUCACAAAUAUUCAAAAUUCAGUUAAUUAUUUCUCAAUUGUGCGUUAAGAUACAAAUGUCAAUAUAUAUGUCAACAAUCCAACCUCUAAAGGAACCUUCUAUGGAUUCAAUGUUGUGAAAAUCACCCAUAACUGUCAUGUUGAACAAUGGUUAAUUUCUUGUGAUCCUGAUUUCAUAGUUUAACUGAAUAGAACCACAACCCAAAGCAGGUGUAUUUGGUAUAACAAUUUGCAGCAAUAUGAGUCACCAUGUUUAUACCUGAUGGGAAUAGAAACUCCACGGCUGUGUUUACACAGACAGCCCAAUUCUGAUCUUUUGCCAAUAAUUGGUCUUUUGACCAAUCAGAUCAGAUAUAUUUUGCAAAUAAUCAGGCAAAAUAUCAGAAUUGGGCUGCCUGUGUAAACACAGCCUAAAUGUGCUCCUCUCUUGCCACCCUAGACACUGGCCCUGGGGCCAAGAUGGAUGUAGCAACCAUGCCUUCAUGGGGAUGACAGCAGUCCUGGCCUCUAUCAGCUUCCUGGCUACCAUCGCCUGGGACAGAUAUCACCAAUAUGUCACCAGUGAGUAGUAUCCUACUGUACAGUAUGUAUUCAUGGCAUUUACUAUAGCAUUAUUGAUUUAUUAACAAUGUGUUUAUGUAUUUAUUUAUGCACUAUAUACAUCUACAACGCUACAAACAUAUUCUUGCAAAUUCCAAUAAACAUGGCUUUAUUAUGUUCCAGAUCAGAAGCUGUUUUGGAGCACGGCCUGGACUUUUUCUAUCGUUAUCUGGGGGAUGGCCAUCUUCUGGGCGGCCGUCCCUCUGGCUGGUUGGGGAGUUUAUGACUUUGAGCCCAUGAGGACCUGCUGCACUCUAGACUACACCAAAGGAGACAAGUAGGCUAUAUUUAAAUAAAAAUGUAGGUCAUUUAGCAGACAUUCUUAUCCAGAGCGACAUACAGUCAGAAAUUAAACAUGCACACACACCAUCAUGUUCUCUCUCAUCUAUGGUGCAGGGAAUUCCAGACCAGCUGUUGACAUCACUGUUUGGCUUAGUAAUAUGUCAACAAUGGAAUACAGUAGAUUACCACAAAAGUAGGCUCUUUUACCCCAGUUGAAAACAUCCAGCAUUUCACACACAGAGCGAGCACUGCCAAAAAUCUCUAAUGGAUUGGGAUUAUUCAUUUCAGACAAUAAAAACAAAGCUCUAUAGCAAUGUCUCCCACAGACUAGGGUUGCAAAAUUCCCAGGUUUUCCAGAAAUCCCAGUUGGAGGGUUCCCGGAAUCAGGAGAGAAUAAGCAGGAAAUGCGGAAUCCUCUCGGAUUUCUUGAAAACCUGGUAUGUUUUUUUGAAAAUUACCAGAAUUUAGCAACCCUAGAUGAGUGUGGAUGCCCCAUGCAUAGAGGUGCCCAGUAUAAACAGUAUAUGUCUUAUGUCAUUCUAUUGUCUAUGUGCAUCUCCAUCCAACAGGGACUACAUGACCUAUAUGGGGGCACUGACUGUCUUCUACCUUAUCUUCCCUGCUUAUGUCAUGAAGUCCAACUACGACGCCAUUCACGCAUACUUCAAGAAGAUCCACAAGCACAGGGUAAACCUUUUAACAUUCUACCGUUAGAACAUUUGGAACAUGUUCUUUGGAACAUUACAACGCAUUUUAUCAAUACCAUUCAUCUUUGGCCAGAAAAACAUACUUCUCAAUAUAUUACAAAUUGAUGUAAUAGUCUUAAAUCCUAGUAAAUGAACAAUGCGUAAUUUGUACCAUAAAAAAUUCAGAUUACAACAACUUUAAGCAAAAUAAUCCUGUAAACAAGGGUUGCUGUAAGUAAGUGUACAACUUAACCAAAAAUGAGUUAAAUGGGUGUACAUAACAGUCACUGUGUUCUGUGUGGGUGUACAUAACAGUCACUAUGUUCUGUGUGGGUGUACAUAACAGUCACUGUGUUCUGUGUGGGUGUACAUAACAGUCACUAUGUUCUGUGUGGGUGUACAUAACAGUCACUAUGUUCUGUGUGGGUGUACAUAACAGUCACUGUGUUCUGUGUGGGUGUACAUAACAGUCACUAUGUUCUGUGUGGGUGUACAUAACAGUCACUAUGUUCUGUGUGGGUGUACAUAACAGUCACUAUGUUCUGUGUGGGUGUACAUAACAGUCACUAUGUUCUGUGUGGGUGUACAUAACAGUCACUAUGUUCUGUGUGGGUGUACAUACGUCACUAUUGUCGUGACGUGACUUACUUUAAUGUAUGACUGUUAUUUAUCGAAUCACCUAACUAUGACCCUAGUGGACUGGACUAACAAUAGCAUGAAUGCUUGGGUAGAAGGAAGAUUGGUGGAUUCAGAGAGAGGGGGGGGGGGGGGGCAAAGGAAGAGACAAAGGAAUUCACCUAUCGGACAUUUCUUAACUACGCUCACGGAAAUGCAAAUGCUUAGCACCCGCUCAUUCGGAUUAGAAAUGCAACAUGUAUUUACGUGUAGCUGUCCUCGAUCGUUGAGUUGAUGAUGUAGGACUGGUUUGCCCACCAGAGAUCCCAAUGUCCUUGGUAGAGUUUCUGGUCGUAGUGGUGGUUAGAAUGGAUACUUCAGCGUACCCCGUAGUUCGUAGAGUUGAUCUGUUAGAAAAGAUACUUCAGAUGUACCAACGGUUGUCUGAGAGGGAUUGUCCUUCCCAACUUGUGUCUUUUAGUGAAAGUUCUCUAGACGACUAUACAUGCCAGCUGCAGACUGAGAUGAUAAGGUCUAGUGCAUUGUCUUCUACUUCACCUCGUGUAGAGGUUGAGAGUUUCAGAGUUUCUCCAUUUCAAAUGUGUGGACUAACGUCUCACGUUUUCUGGUCUUUCUGGUCUAAUCAUUUUGUAACGUGUAGCUUCAGCUUCACGCUUCCUGGUCUGGUAGAAAUUCAACCAUUUGCAACAUCCGGCUUAUACCGUAAUCUGCUUGGUCUUCCUUUGAUAAUGGAGUUGUAGUUUUAAACCAUUUUGUAACGUUUAGCUCACACUUCACUGGUCUGAGGUGAAUUUAGUCACGAGGGGAUUUAUACUUGAGUAGAAAAGGGGGCGUUUCAUCAUGUUUGUGCUCAUCUGGGCGUGGCCACUGACUGAGAACAAAUCAAUAUGGAAACAAUCAUCUCAUCUAGAAUGCUAAAAUCACAUUUAUCUUUAUAAAAGUAUUAUUAUACUUAAUCAUUCGUUUUAUACAACAAUUAGAUGCAAACCUCAUAACUGGGAGGUGUACACCCCCAGAGAUACAGUUAUGUUGUUCCACCAUCUUUAAUGACAUCACAACAUAGUAACGAAUUUGACAUAGUUGUUCUUUAAGUCGCCACCGACCAUUUCCCACAUUCUUUGAAGUAUGAAUAUUGUUUCAUUAUCCACUUUUGGAUGUUGGAGUCUUGGCGGGAAGACUUCCUUUGUUUCACAGGGAAAUUCCCUCUGUCAGUACUGCAUGGCACGGAAAAGAGAGUUUCUGCAAGGAAUUUAUGACCGGUCAUAGAACUGGCCCCCAGCAGAGGGGAUGUUCAAACCUUUGCCUAGCCGGCAUCUUUGAUCCUCAACCCAUGAGGGCAAGUCAUGACACUAUGUUCUGUGUGGGUGUACAUACGUCACUAUGUUCUGUGUGGGUGUACAUAAGUCACUGUGUUCUGUAUGGGUGUACAUAAGUCACUGUGUUCUGUGUGGGUGUAUAACAGUCACUAUGUUCUGUAUGUGUGUACGUAUAACUGUCGCUAUGUUCUGGUGUUUUAUACAUUAUGUGAUGCUGAUAUGUUAUUGAUGUUAUUGUGUGACUUAAAAGUCGGAAAAGUCUAAACAGGAUUAAAGUAAGGGUUAAGGUUAGGGUUAGGGUUAGGGUUUAUGGUAGGGACAUCCCAAGGAUUCCAGAUAGCACUAACCCUUAAAAGGCCCAUUCAAUACAGCUUUAUUUAUCGUCCUUGUUUUCCAGUGGAACACCAGUGUACCACUGAGGGUUCUGUUGUUCUGCUGGGGACCCUACGAAAUCAUGUGUAUCUACGCCUGCUUUGACAAUGCCAAACUGGUCUCUCCAAAGCUGAGAAUGGUGAGCAGUUCUUCUUCUUUUGCUUAUUUUUCCUCCUUUGCCUCUUCUUCUUCUUCUUUUGCCUCUUCUUCUUUUGCUUCUUCUUCCUAUAUUUCUCUUGUCUUUUUUCUCUUGUCUCUCUGUGAUUGAUAAUGCUUUAGUUCAAUGAAAUGUGAAUGGAGAUUGUUUUAUUUAAAUCAUUUAACAAGAAAACAUGUUUAUUCAUUUCCUAGUUGCUUCCUGUUUUGGCGAAAAUGAACCCCAUUUUCAACGCGUGGCUCUAUUCCUUUGGGAAUGAGUUCUACAGAGGAGGGGUGUGGCAGUUCCUGACUGGCCAGAAGUUUACUGAGCCGGUCGUUGUGAAGUUAAAAGGAAGAUAAAGGAAGUUUUCGUCUAUGCCCAUUCUAUUCUAAUUCUAUGGUUACACUACUGUACAGGCCAUAGAAUUAGAAUGGUC